CCUAUGAAUUAGGUGGUGCCAAAUAACUACGGUACCUUGGACACAAAACAAGACGGACGGGCGAGAUAUCCAGGGUAGAUCAUGAGCUCCCGCUUCGUGUCGGCCGGCACGAUUAAUGGUGAUGGGCGGAUUACUGCUACCACCACCACCACCACCACCACCGCUGCAGCUACUGCCGCAGUGCCAGCGCCACCGUCACUGCCGCCGGCGGGGGAGAAGGCCACAUCUACACCUACGCCUACGCCGUCACGUCCGGAGGAUCAGCAACAACAGCAAGCUGCGACCGCGCAAUGGGAGACCAAGGCGGCGCCGAAGAUAAACUCGGAAUGGGAGGCCGUGACGCGAGAUCUCGAGGCGGAUCGCAGACGGCGCGAAGAGGCGCGGCGGGCGCUGGUGGAAGGUGGAAGUGGGGGAGGGGAUAGGAGCUUGUUUGAGGUGUUGCAGGCGAAUAAAGCGGCGAAGCAAGCAGCGUUCGAAGAACAGAACCGCAUCCGCAACCAGUUCCGCGCGCUCGACGACGACGAGAUCGACUUUCUAGAGGGCGUGCGCGACGAGCGGCGCACCGAGGAGGAGCGGGUGAGGCGGGAGACGGAGGAGCGGCUCGCGAGGUUUCGGGCGGCGCAGAGGGGUUCGGCUGCUGUUGGUGAUGAUGACGAGCUGGUUGGUGUUGCGUGGAGUGGUGCCGGGAAGAAGAGGAAGAGGGCUGAGAAGGAGGGGAAGGGGGGGGUCGUUGUUAAAGGUGUUAAAAGAAGGGUUAGUGUAGGUGAGAAGGAUAGGGAUGGCGAUGUGGGGAAAGUGGAAGCGGGCAAGGAGAAGGAAUUAGCGAGCGGCGAUAAAGGUCUCGGUGCGAAAAGUCAGGCGGGUGAGAGGGAUGGGUUGGCAUCAGUGUCGGUGUCGGUGUCGGUGUCAGGGAAACAGGCACAGGAGAAGCCGAGGCUUGGUCUGGUGGACUAUGGCUCGGACGAGGAAGAUGAUGAUUGAUACCAUGUAUUACCAAAAAAUACAAAAUGACCGUCGGAAUGUUUUUUUUAAAAAAAAGGGAGUCAACUGCUCUCAAGAUGUGGUGGUGGGGGUGGUGUUGUUGGGUGACCCUAGAGUCUUAUUCGUGUAGGCAGGUACUCAUUCAUUGGCGGUUAUUGCUCUGGCUGCCACGACUGAGCCUAUGGCAUUAUAGAACUAAGAAACAAGCCAUAGUCGACGAUGGGGGUUACAUAUAUCUAACUACGGCAAACAGACAGACAGAAACACCCAUCAAUCCAAUGACCAGCUGGCAUGUACUUUGCUUUGGGAGUAGAGUUGUGAUGGGUUAUAUGCGGAUAUGAUCAGAUGCG